UCUGUGAGUUCUGCGUUUAUAUGUAGUUUACAUGUUAUUUAUAAUUAAAAUUAUUAAAUAAUAGUGAUUAAAACUAAGAUAAAAUCGUCGGUGUAAAAAAGUUCAAUCUUUCUUUUCACCCACAUUCAACAAAGUAAUGUAUGCCUACAGCGUGCUGAAAUAUCUCCGUUAAACACAACAUAACCAAUGAAAAAUAACAAGUAUUUUUAUUGUUAAAUAACAACUAUUUCCGUUUUCCAAUAUGAAGCUGUACUGCCUCAGCAGCGACGCGUCGAAGCCGUGCUUCGUGCUGUCGUUCAAGGAGCUGCUCAUCAUGCUGGACUGCGGGCUGUCGGCGCACUCGCUGCUGAGCUUCCUGCCGCUGCCGCCCGUGCCCAGCACGCGCCUGGCGUCGCUGCCCGCCUACACGCCGCCGCACGUCAACGACCCGCUGCUCGAGGGGGAGCUGAAGGAGUGCUGCGGGCGCGUGUUCGUGGACAGCGUGCCCGAGUUCUGCCCGCCGCUGGACAAGGUGGUGGACUUCUCGCAGCUGGACGUGAUCCUCAUCUCCAACUACACGUGCAUGCUGGCGCUGCCCUUCGUCACGGAGGAGUCGGGCUUCAAGGGGCAGGUGUACGCCACCGAGCCCACGCUGCAGAUCGGCCGCUUCUACCUGGAGGAGCUGGCGGCGUGGCUGGCGGGCGGCGGGCGCGGCGCGCGGCGCUGGAAGGAGCUGCUGCACGUGCUGCCGCCGCCGCUGGCGCACGCGACGCGCCCGCGCGCCUGGCGCCGCCUGUUCUCGCGCGCCGCGCUGGAGCGCGCGCUGGCGCGCGUGCGCGUCGUGGGCUACGACGAGCGCGUGGACGUGUACGGCGCGCUGCAGGCCACGCCCGUGUCCUCCGGCUUCUGCCUGGGCUCCGCCAACUGGGUGCUGCGCUCGGCGCACGAGAAGGUGGCCUACGUGAGCGGCUCCAGCACGCUCACCACGCACCCGCGCCCCAUCAACCAGGCGGCGCUGCGCGGCGCCGACCUGCUGCUGCUGGCGGCGCUCACGCAGACGCCGGCGCACAACCCCGACCACAUGCUGGGCGACCUGUGCGUGCACGCCGCCGUCACGCUGCGCGCCGGCGGCUGCGUGCUGUGCCCCGUGUACCCCAGCGGCGUGCUGUACGAUCUGCUGGAGUGUCUCAGCGCGCACCUGGAGGGCGCGGGGCUGGCGCACGUGCCGCUGCUGGUGCUGUCGCCCGUGGCCGACGCCAGCCUGGCCUACAGCAACAUCCUGGCCGAGUGGGUGUCGGCCGGCAAGCAGGCGCGCGUGGCGCUGCCCGAGGAGCCCUUCCCGCACGCGGCGUUGGCGCGCGCCGGCCGUCUGCGCCACGCGCGUGGCCUGGCCGACGACGCUCUGGCUGACUUCCGCGCGCCCGCCGUGGUGUUCGCCGGCCACCCCAGCCUGCGCUGCGGCGCUGCCGUGCACCUGCUGGAGCUGUGGGCGCCGCACCCACAGCACGCCGUCAUUUUCACCGAGCCCGACUUCCCCUACGCCGAGGCGCUGGCGCCCUUCCAGCCGCUCGCCAUGAAGGCGUUCCACUGCCCCAUCGACACGUCGCUUAACUUCUCGCAGGCCGCCAAGCUGGUGCGCGAGCUGCGGCCGCGCGAGCUGGCGCUGCCCGAGCAGUACGCGCCCGCACGUCUCGGCGGCGACGUGCCCACGCUGCUGCUGCGCCGCGGCGCCGCGCGCGCGCCUGCCGUGCGCCGCCGUGUCGCGCGCGCCACGCUGUGCGGCGAGCUGGCGGCGCGCGCGUCGCCGCGCGAGCUGCGCGCCGGGCUGCGCGCCGCGCCGCUGUGCGCCGCGCUGCGCGUGCGCGACGCGCGGCUGGAGCUGGCGGCGCCGGCCGCGUACGCCGCGCCGCCCGCGCUGCACUGGAGCGCGCUGGACGUGGCGGCGCUGCUGGCGGCGCUGGCGCGCGAGGGCGUGGCGGACGCGCGCGUGGAGGCGGGCGCGGACGGCUGCAUCGUGCACCUGCCGCGCCACGACACGCUGGUGCACGUGGAGCGCCACGCCACGCACGUGUUCUGCGAGGGCCGCGCCGACGUGCGCCAGGCGCUGCGCCGCGCGCUGCAGGCCUGUCUGCCGCACAUCUAGCCGCCACUCGGCGAGAACUAUCCAAAAUAACAGACACCUAAAUUUAAAUAAAAUUUUCAUUUUGA